AUGAUUGCUUCCACAGCAACGCGCUCGCUGGCUCGAGCUGCCAGCUCUAGCAGUAGCAAGACCAUCUCUCCUCGCCUCCACCUCUCCUCUUCCCGAUGCAUCUCUUCCUCCUCCAGCAGCCUUCCUCCUACAACCCGCUCGUCUGCAUCAGCGUCUCGAUCACUCUCAACGCCUUUCCGACCCUCAUCAUCGCUCCCCUUCCGUCAUACGCUCCCCACCCCCAUCGCGACACCCAUCAUGAUCGGUGCUGGAUUGGUCAUCGCAGGACUCACAGCGAACCUCUUGCUCGGAUCCAAAGGUUCUGCCGGUGGACCUAGCGGUAAAUGGAUCAAAGGUGGAUUCAAUGGUAAGAUGGACAAGAAGGAAGCGGCACAGAUCCUGGGGUUGAGGGAGACAGCUUUGACAAAGGCUAAAGUCAAAGAGGCGCACAGGAGGAUGAUGAUCGCAAACCACCCGGAUCGUGGUGGCGCUCCAUACCUCGCUUCCAAAAUCAACGAAGCAAAGGACUUGCUCGACAAAACCGUCUCCCGCUAG